ACAAGCUGCUCCCAUCAGACUCAGCACUUGUUCUUCUGCACUCACUGCCUCUCCUCUGUGCCCACUUACCCCACUCACAGCCUUGCCCCAGAGCCCACUUACCCCACUCACAGCCUUACCCCAGAGCCCACUUACCCCACUCACAGCCUUACCCCAGAGCCCACUUACCCCACUCACAGCCUUACCCCAGAGCCCACUUACCCCACUCACAGCCUUACCCCAGAGCCCACUUACCCCCCUCUCAGCCUUACCCCAGAGCCCACUUACCCCCCUCUCAGCUUUGCCCCGGUGCUACUUGCCCCAGGAUUACAAAUGGUUGUGCAGAUCCGGAGCAGCACAAUGAGUGAGAGCGGCCAGCAGCAGCCCAAGGUGGAAGCCAACAUCCUGGUUCUGGGGGCAGAGAACGUUGGGAAAUCCGCGCUGACCGUUCGAUUCCUCACCCGCCGGUUCAUUGGCGAAUACGUUGGCACCGAGUCCAUUUACACUCACAAUGUGACCGUCGAUGGGAGAGAGACGUCUUUCAGCAUCUGGGACUCUGUCUGCCCCCAGAACCCAAACGCUCAGAACUGUAUCACCGAGGAUCAGCUCCGCUGGGCCGACGGCUUCAUCCUGGUCUACAGCAUCUGCGACCGCGACAGCUUUAAUGUGGCCCGGCAGCAGUUGCAGAGGAUCCGACAGAUGAAGAAACGUCACGGCCCAGUGCCGGUCAUUAUCGUGGGUAACAAGAGGGACCUGCAGCACCACCGAGAGGUCCCCAGCCAAGAGGGACGUAUGCUAGCACUGUCCUCGGACUGUGGCUUCUUCGAGAUCUCGGCGGCGGAGACCUACCACGGCUCCCUGGUGGUCUUCCACCAACUGCUGGAGGCGGUGAGAGAGAACAGGAGCUCGGGGAAGAAGAACGGGGGCAUUAAGGGCAUCGUACGGAGCAUGUCGGCCGUCUUCAGCAGGAGGAGGACAGAGUGAGGCUUCACCCUAGGCUUUCCCACCGGUUGGACUAUCAAGUCACCUGGUUUGGCCGAGGAGGUCCAACCAGAGAAGAAGUUCAUGGUGGUCUUGAGGACCUUCGUCCUAGGACCUAGUUGGUGGACCAGUUAUGGUACAUGUUGGGACACUCUCAAGGGACUACCUAACGUCCUUCAUGUCAGAAUGGACAGAAUAAUUCUGCCUGUCCCACUAAAGACAGAACGGGUCCAUAAAAUCCAGACUAUUAUGGUACUGAAGUGACCCAGCAGGUACCUGGAGAAGAACCAUCAGCCUGGGUAUAAAGUCUUGGUGCCCCCCCAAGGGCAGAGGGGGCUCAGAUGAGCAAGGAUGUGGAACUCCCAAGGGGGCUAAUGAUUAACCUGAGCGUUAAUAGGCUGGGAUGUGAGACUCCUGAUUGGAAGAGACUUGCCCACGCAUUCCGCUCAGCCCUGCAUGGAGUGAGGGGCAGAUUUAUAGCCGGAUUAUGGGGGGGGGGGUAUCAUUUGCACUAAAUGGGAGCCAUUCAGCCUCAAAGGGGGACUUGUCUCUCACUAAUUAUUAACUUUCUGAUUUCACUUCAGAAUGGACCAAUUACCUGCGGCCGAGCCCCUCGGGGAUAUGUAUAUUCCCUUCAUCAGCAGGGCACUUGCACUGUCACUAGGGGGCGACACGGCUCUCGGGGUAAUGAGCCCCCUCUCCCUAUAUAAUCCACAUGUAAAUAUCACAUUCAUGUAUUUAUAUGUACAGAUGUACAGAAAAGGCUCUUAUUAACUUAUUCUGGGGGUGUGGGGUUACUGUUUACACACAGGAAUUGGUUGCAAUUGCCCGUAUUUUGGGUCUUUGUGAAGGUUACAUGCCAAUAAAAAAUAUAUUAAAUCUU